GCGGAAAGCAGCGCCAAGAAGAUUGGAAGAAGCAUGAAGGUGAAGGUGUCGGACGAGGCCGGCAUUCAGAGCAGCAAGCGCCAAGGCCAACUAUGACUGUCAAUGAAUUCCCAGUGUGGGAUCGAAAGCGAUACGCGAUGGAGGACAAUCCUGUAAUAGGCAUCGAUCUGGGGACCUCCUAUUGCUGCGUCGCUAUCUUUCGCAACAUCGACGACAUCGAGAUUGUUCCCAAUGACCUCGGGCACAGGACCACUCCUUCCUACGUGGCAUUCACUAGCGAGGGCGAUUGUCUGGUGGGGGAUGCUGCGAAGAAACACAGCAUGACGAAUCCCAAGGAGGCCAUCUUCGAAGUCAAGCGUCUGAUGGGGCAAUCUUUCAACGACGCAAUUGUCCAGCAGGACGCGAAAAAGUGGCCUUUCACAGUGUCAUCCGGUCCUCGUGGUGAAGUUGUUCUCAACGUUCCGGAGGCACCGGCGGGCAGGCAAAGCUCGUUCAGGCCUGAAGAAAUCUCCACCCUGCUGCUGAAGAAGAUGAAGGAGAUCGCGGAGGACUUCAACUGUGGCCGGACGAUUAAAGAUGCGGUCAUCACUGUGCCUGCGUACUUCAGCCACAGUCAGAGGAAGGCGACAAUGGCCGCCGGGGUCGGCGCUGGGUUAAACGUGCUGCGACUGAUGAGCGAACCAACGGCCGCCGCGCUGGCCUACGGUCAUCAACGGCUGAUACGGAGGGGGCCUGUGGAGAAGAACAUCCUGGUGUUCGACCUGGGCGGGGGAACCUUCGACGUGUCCAUUGUCACAGUGAAGGCCGGGCCAGAUGAAGACUGCAGCUUUGUGGUGAGGGCCACGGCAGGAGACUCUCAUCUAGGAGGCUCAGACAUAGACCAUCGGCUUCUUCAGCAUGUGACCAAGCGGUUCGAGAGCCAAGUUCAUGGGGUGGAUUUACUGACUAACCACAAGAUCCUACCAAGACUUAAGCAGGCGGUUGUGGAUGCUAAGCAUGUUUUGUCUGGUAAGGGGGUCACAGUGGCAAAUGUCAAUUUGGAUUACCGUGAGGAUGUCCUGAGCAUGAAGCUGGGCCGCCUAGAGUUGGAGGAACUCAACAAGGACCUCUUCCUCCGGUGCGUGAUGAUAGUGGAACAAGCCCUCAGUGAUGCCAAGAUGGGCAAGGAUGACAUCUCGGAGGUUGUCCUGGCGGGUGGAUCCACAAGGAUUCCGAUGGUGCAAGAGAUGCUGACGGCAUUCUUUGGCAAGGCGCCCAUCAAGUCUGUCAAUCCUGACGAGGUGGUGGCAUUUGGGGCUGCAGUACAGGCUGGCUUGCUGGCCAGAAGCGACAAGUGCGCAGAGGCAAGCAUAUCGGUACACGAUGUGACAUCAGCAAGUGUAGGACUGAUAUGCAGCGGAAUGGAGUCAAAGUUUGGUGUCAUGGCUGUCGUUAUUCCGAGAGACUCUUCCCUUCCCGCCACCGGAAGUCGAAAGUAUGUGUUGGAGGACGGUGAGAAGGCAGUCACGGCAUGGUUGUAUGAAGGAGAACGCGCUCUUUGUAGAAAGAACAGGUUGCUCGGCGAACUGACCAUGGACGAUUUCAUGGGCGGUGAAGCCCCGCAGGAAGCGGCCUGGAAAGUUGCGGUUAAAAUAGAUGCUCAUGGGAUUCUCCAUGCCACAUUAGAGGCUCUUGCACAUCACAAGAACAUUGGAAGAAAGGUUGAGACCACGGUUACGUGAAUACAGAUGUUGUGCAGUCUUUGGGUGAUGGGAUGAAGGCUACGGAUUGGUACACACCAGAAGCGAAAGAGGAGGAUGCCCGCAUAUGGGCAGC